AAGUAUAUGCUCUCAUAACAUCUUUCGUCUCUAGGUUCAACACAGAACAGGACAAAUUCUGUUUGAAAUUCGUUACUGCUACACACUAUACAUUUAUUAAGACAGUUUAUACUAUAUAUUUCUUGGUCUUACUUAGAAAAACACAAAAAUAUGGAUAAUGAAGUUAAAACACCAACAACCUGUGCGUCAGAAUGUACUGAAGAUAUGAAAAUUUCGCAGAAACUUCGUAUGCAAUCGCAUAAUAAGAUAAAUUUUGAUGACUGCCAAACUGAUAGCAUUACUACAAAUUUACAAAGUGAAUUAGCAGCUUUGACAUACCAACGAGAUAAACUCACGACAGAAAUUCAAGAAAUAAAAAGCAAACUAAGAUUGCGAGAUUCAGAAAUCACUCAACUUCAAGAAGAAAUUGAUUACUUGCGGGAACAAGCUGUAAGACAAAAUGCAGUACUUUGCAGUUUUAAAAAACAGAUACAGGAAAAAGAAUGUUUGGAAAUGCAAUACAAAGUUUCUGAACGAGAAGUUACUGAAUUUCGGGAUAAAAUAGUUAAUUAUAAGAGAAAAAUUGAUAAUUUAUCGUCAACCAUAAAUUUGCAGGAUGUUCUUAUUUGUCAGUUGAAAGAUGAGUUGAGAAAUCGUGAUGAAAAAAUACAAGAGCUUCUAAAUGAAUUAAACCAACUACAGGAAUCCCUUGCAAGUCUUAUAAGCUGUCCUAAUAGAUAUGUAGAAUCUAAUGAAAAUGCAAUCAAGGAACGAAUACAUGAAAUCUUAAAAGAAAAUCAAGACAAUAUUUUGGUAUGAAUUCAAAACACAUACAUUCGGUGGUAGAUUAUUCUCAAAGAACGUUUCAAACUGAAUAGCAACAUCGCUUGUCAAUUUCGAGAUUUGUAACGUGGCACUAGUAUCCUGUCUUUAAAAUUUUGUACUUUGAGCUGGGAAAACCACGAACAGACUUCGUGGCGCGAAAUUCAAAUCUCGUAUUAUCAUUGCCGCGAGAAAACUCGUUUUGAACGUUAAAUGUGUUAUUGGGGGAUAUAUCAACAAAUAUAUUGUAAGCGGACAAUCGAUGCAACUCAAGCACUUUCCGUGUGAAGUGCGAUGUUAGUGAUUGUCUACUUAAGUUCUUCGUACCCUUAAUUACGGUCGCCACCUGCUUGUUACGUACAAGCAGAAAAACUUGUUUAUUAAUUAAUUAAUUGAAGUACUAGCAAUAAUCAUCUCGCACGCUAACGCUCGCUCGAUUGUGUUUCAAUGGAGAUUUAUUUCAACAUGUACAUUAUAAAUAAGUGCAUUUAAAAUAAAUUUCUUAGGAUUUGAAUUUUCAAUUAUAUGAAAGUUGAUAUUUUAAAAAUAUUGUAAAUUUUGUGUCAUAAGAUUCUGCAAGGGAACAGAUAUAUUUUAACAAUUGUAAAAUGAAUCUUUAAUUAAAUUUUUUUAAUCUGUAUUUUUAAAUUUAAUUAAACAGUAGCAUACAUUUAAAAUUAAUGUUUUAAGAAAAGAAAAUUUUGAAUGAUGUUAAAUACCAGGCAGAUUGAUUAGACAAAAAAAAGUAAUGCAUUUUUUAAAUUGAAUCAUUCAAGAUGUUAUAAACGUUGUAUAUCUACAUUGUAUAAGUUAUUUGAAUAUAUAUUUAUAUAAAUAUACGCACUGUAAAAGAAGUUUAAAUAAGAUACGAAUUACAAAGAGGUCACUCUAAUACUAAUAAAAUUAAGAAAUAUAGAUAGUGUGACCCUGAAGGACCGGAGAACCGGGGAAAAAGUGUUCAUACUUAAUAUAAUGUAUGUAUAAUAAUAUAAGAUAAUUACAUAAGUAAUUGCACUGUAAAAGAGGUUCAAAUGAGAUGCAAAUUACAAAGAGGUCACUCUAAUAUAUAGUAAUAAAAUUAAGAAAUAUAGAAAGCGUCACCCUGAAGGACCGGAGAAUAUAAUAUAAUUACAUAAGUAAACGCACUAUAAAAGAGGUUCAAAUGAGAUGCGAAUUACAAAGAGGUCACUCUAAUACUGAUAUAAUUAAAAAAUAUAGAUAGUGUGACCCUGACGGACCGAAGAACCGGAGAAAAAGUGUUCAUGCUU